AUGACCGUCAUUGAAAUCGACAUAGUCUUCGACUUCAUCUGCGCCUGGUGCUACAUCGGCAAACGCAGCCUCGACCGCGCCAUCGCUCUGUACCGCAAAACCUACCCGGGUGGCCGCAACGACACCAUCACCAUCCAAUGGCGCCCCUUCUAUCUCAACCCCAACAAGCACGGGCGCAGCGUGCCCAAGUCUGUUCUUUUCGAUGAACGGCUUAAGGAUAAGACGCCCGAGCAGCGUGCAGCGAUGGUCAAGCGUCUGGAUAAGAUUGCCCAGUCCGUAGGGGUCCGCAUUAACUGCGGGGGCAUGAUUGGGCCGGACACGCGCGAUGCGCAUCGCCUCGUUUAUUUGAGUCGGGAGGAUCCUACGAUUAGUUCGGAGGUUCAUGGGGAGCUUGUGGAGAAGCUGCUCGAGGCGUACCAUGACCGCGAGAUGGAUAUCUCUCGGCCGGAGGUGUUGAAGGAGGCGGCGGUAGCGGCGGGGAUUGAGGCUGCGGUGGUGGAGAGGUGGCUGGCGGAGGAUGUUGGUAAUGUGGUUGACGAGGAGGCAAGGAAGAAUAGAGAGAUUAAAGGGAUUAGGGGGGUUCCGAGAUUCCUUUUCCAAGGCAAGUAUGAGUGGGAUGGAGAGGAUCUGCAAGAGUUUAUGGAAAUCAUGGGGAAUGUGAAGGCAGAGGAGGGAAGUGAAGGAGGUCCUUGA